CAAAAACUGACACAAAUUGUCAACGACGGCGAUCAUGAUGAACGACAUUGACGAAAACAUGUUGGAAGCACAGUUCGUUACCAAUUACGUGCCUCAAUCCCCAUACGAUGAACAUUUCAAUCGCCAUCAUUAUCAUCACAUGCAUCAUGUGAAAAAAUUACGAGCGAAUCUACCAAAAAAUUCGGUUCGAGUAUUGAAACGCUGGUUGUACGAACACAGAUACAACGCGUAUCCCACCGAUGCUGAGAAGCUACAUCUGGCGCAGGAGUCCAGCCUUACCGUGAUUCAGGUGUGCAAUUGGUUCGUGAACGCGCGAAGAAGACUCCUGCCGGAAAUUAUACGAAGAGAGGGCCUCGAUCCGUUGCACUACAAGAUUUCGCGACGCGGCAGAAGGAUGCGCAUUCCGGACGGCACCACCGAGAACAUAUUAAAUUUGUGCAGAGGAAGGGGCGGUGGCGAUGAUCACGAUGACGAUCUGCAACUGACACAACGGGAACCAGGGGAUGAGUUCUGGCGUACCGGUAUCAGAGAGUUCGGCAAAAUGGAAAUGUUUAAAGGUAGCGAACAGAUGAUGUGGAGAUGUGCCGCGCAUCCGCAGCUUGCGCAUCUACCACAGUUGCCGCCCCCCAAGAUGACGAUGAUGCCGUCGCAGAUGUCCGAGGAAGAAAGGGAGAAGUUUAAUUGUCUCAGAUUGUUGGUUGAAACGGCGGUGGCGGUGAGACAAAGAGAGAAAGAUCGCGUUAACACGUAACAAUCACUUCUCUCUGUAGUUCUUUGCCUUGUAAUUUUACUUUUAUCGUUUUUUGCGUUUUUCCUUUUUUUUCUUUCGAUUUCUAUUACAAUUUCUCCAAUUCAUCAAUUUUCAUGGUGUACAUGAAUUAACUGGUUUUAAAUAAUACUUAUACUGUUUUAUAUGACAUAUUUUUGUAAAUAUUUAGAUUUUAACUAUUCUUUAUUUCACAUACUCACUUGUUAAAUUAAUUUAUUUAUAUAUUUUAUAUAUAUAUAUAUAUAUUCAUCAUUUACCCAUCUUAAUUUUGUUUAUAAGUGUUAACUUAUUUUUAUAUAUUUAUUAUAUUUUAUUAUAUAUU